UGUCCUCACCAAGAUGAGAGUCAUUCCAAAAGGAGCUUUCAGAGGACUCACUGACCUCGAGAAAAUAGAGAUCUCCCAGAAUGAUGCCUUGGAGGUCAUAGAAGGAAAUGUAUUUUCCGACCUUCCCCAACUACAUGAAAUAAGAAUUGAGAAAGCCAACAACCUCGUGUACAUUGAUCAGGAUGCCUUCCAAAACCUUCCAAGCCUCAGAUACUUGUUGAUCUCAAACACUGGCCUUCGGUUUUUACCUGCUGUCCAUAAGGUGCACUCUUUCCAUAAAGUUUUGCUGGAUAUUCAAGACAAUAUCAAUAUACGUACAAUUGAAAGGAAUUCAUUCAUGGGCCUCAGUUCUGAAAAUCUGAUUCUAUGGCUGAAUAAAAAUGGGAUUCGGGAAAUAGAGGAUCAUGCAUUUAAUGGAACCUUCCUGGAUGAGCUAAAUCUAAGUGAUAAUCACAACCUCGAAAGGCUACCAAAUGAGAUCUUCCAAGGAGCCAGUGGGCCUAUUGUUUUGGAUAUUUCAAGGACCAGAAUCAGCUUCCUGCCAAGUCAUGGAUUAGAACUCAUUAAGAAGCUAAGAGCAAGGUCUACAUACAAUUUAAAAAAGCUUCCUGAUUUAAGCAAAUUUAGAGCUUUGAUUGAGGCAAACUUCACCUAUCCCAGCCAUUGCUGUGCAUUUACAAACUGGAAAAGACAAAACACUGAAUUACAUCCAAUAUGUAGUAUAUCAUCUCAGAACAAGCAAGACCUUGAUGAGCAGCCUGGCAACAAGAUACGUAGACAACCUGCAGCUGAAGAGGAUAGUUCCAGCGAUGGCGUAGGAAUUGAUCCAGCAGAGAAUGAAUUUGACUAUGGUUUGUGCAAUAAAGUAGUUAAUGUAGCUUGCUCACCUAAACCUGACGCUUUCAAUCCAUGUGAAGAUAUAAUGGGCUACAACACUCUGAGAAUUCUGAUAUGGUUUAUCAGCAUUUUAGCUAUCACCGGGAACAUCGUUGUCCUCAUUAUUUUAAUAAGCAGCCAAUACAAACUCACCGUACCUCGGUUUCUAAUGUGCAAUCUUGCAUUUGCAGACCUCUGCACAGGUAUCUACCUGUUGUUUAUUGCAUCUGUAGAUAUCCAGACCAAAAGCCAGUACUACAACUAUGCCAUAGACUGGCAAACUGGGGCAGGGUGCAAUGCUGCAGGAUUUUUUACAGUGUUUGCAAGUGAGCUCUCAGUCUAUACACUGACUGUGAUAACUCUGGAAAGGUGGCACACCAUCACCUAUGCCAUGCAGCUGCACCGCAAGGUUCGACUUCGUCAUGCUGUGGUUGUAAUGAUUUUUGGCUGGUUGUUUGCUUUCACAGUGGCACUUCUUCCCAUAGUUGGAGUCAGCAGCUACAUGAAGGUCAGCAUCUGUUUGCCCAUGGAUAUAGAAACAUUGUUUUCUCAGGGUUACAUUGUAUUUCUUUUAGUGUUGAAUGUACUCGCAUUUGUGAUUAUAUGUGCUUGCUAUAUCUGCAUCUACUUUACUGUGAGAAACCCUAAUGUGGUCUCUUCAAACAGUGACACCAAUAUUGCCAAGCGCAUGGCCAUACUGAUCUUCACAGAUUUCCUCUGCAUGGCACCAAUAUCUUUCUUUGCAAUAUCAGCCUCACUCAAGGUUCCUCUCAUCACAGUCUCCAAAUCCAAGAUCCUUCUGGUUUUGUUUUACCCCAUCAAUUCCUGUGCAAACCCUUUCCUCUAUGCCAUUUUCACAAAGACUUUCCGCAGGGAUUUCUUUAUUUUAUUGAGCAAGUUUGGUUGCUGUGAAAUGCAAGCCCAGAUUUACAGAACAGAGACUACCUCAUCUGCUCAUAAUUUCCACACGAGAAAUGGCCAUUGCCCUCCUGCAUCAAAAAUCAGUGAUGGAACUACUUAUACAUUGGUUCCUCUGAAUUACUUGAAAUGCUUGCGUGAAUUUGAGGCAGUGUAAUAAUCAGUUUCAACUGUGAAUGGCUUCUAAACUAUUUUUUUAAUGAGAAAAAGAAUAAUUUAUUUCCGCUUUCCUAGUUUAGUUCCAUGAACAGCCAAACACAUCACCUUCAACAUCUUGCUCAAAGGACAGAACUUCAGUAUGUCCUGAAGUGUCCUUGUGGAACUGUUCCACAAAAUGAGAUUAUAAACUGGUGUCUCCCACCAUAUAGGCAGAGACAACCUUUAAUUCUAGGAAGAUGUUAGCUGCUUAGUGAGAAUUAAGUAGUGGUUAUUUACAGUGAAAGAUAAAUAUAUGUAGAACUAGGGUCUUUUUUGCCUGUGAAGCAUGUUUUAACAAUAAUACAGAACUGGCUCUUUUCAUUAAUCAUAUUUCCUGGGGUUACAGGAGACAGAAAGCCAACUGACUGCCCUCCUUCAGCACAGACUUAGUACAAAUGAGAAUAGUGUGUGUUUUGUGUUUAUUUCUGUUGACUACAGCAGAGGGGCAGGAGGCAUCUCCAGCUGAUGUUUGCAUGCAUGAACUUGCCUUCCUCUGCACAGAAGUGUCACUUUGGAUGGGAUUUGUGUUGCUGUAGCUUGGCAGACUCAGAGAACCAAAUUUCAUCUGAGUUUGUAACAAGGAUUUUCUGGUUGGGUUUGUUUUCAAGGUGAGAUAGAGCAAGAACAAGAGCAGGGGAAAUCCUUCAUAAUAAGGGGGAUGUUUUCUCAACUUGAUCUCUUAAAGUUGGGUUGAAAUCACUUUCGUGUGGCUGAGCCCCUUGGCUAUGCAGGAUGGGCCAAUGGGCUGUUCUAAUGUGACACCUGAGGCAGAUUUGCCAUACAGCAGUAUUAGUGCAUUACAUUAUCUGGGCUAUGUAAAUGAUAACAGAUGUAAAUAUGGCUUUUAAAACCCUGAAGGAAAGUUUUUGUGAAAUUCUGAAAGUUCUUUUGCCCUUUCCCUUUUUAAAAAAACCCCAAACCCUCCAUUUGCACAUUCAGAGGGUGCUCCGGAUUGAACAACCUGAGAGAAACCAUACACUGCAUAUGUUGAAAUAACAAAAACACAUCUUAAUCAAGAUUCCCUGAUUGCAUAAGGCUUUUGAAUAAUACCUGGAUGAGCAUACAGACUUCUUACAUGAUUUGAAUAUCAGCCUUUGUGAGGGUUAAUCUUUCCAAAUCACAUCAACACUUGACGGUUGGGGUAGGGUUUUCUCAUGCUGAUUGUGUGGGUAUAUGGGCAUAAAGAAAAAAAUAGGCCAGGAGUCUGGGCUUCAUUCACACCCCACAAACAAUUCAAGGUUUUGCCCCAUGAGAAUAUAAACCUGUAGAGCCUUCAUGGUUAAAUGUGCUUUGCUUUGAAUAUUUCCUGCCCACAAAUCCUAACAUUUCAGUAACAAUUCUUGCUGCUUCUGUCCAUAAUUUCCGCUGUCAUCAGCUUCACAUUUCUGCAUCUGCCCUGAUGUGACUAACUACAGGAGAUGAUUAUUCGUUCAGUCCUAGACAGGGAAGGAAGCAUCAGCUCCCUAGUGCAUAAAACAGGGGAGAUCAAAGAUAAUGUGUUUUGGAGAGGAAAAUUUCAUUACUCAACACAAGUAACACUCCCUCCAGGAUCCAGGAGAAGGAAGAAUGAAAAACAGGAAAGAUGGUUUAUCUAUCUCUGGGAAGCUCUUCUGAGGAAUUAUUUCUUCACAAAUGCUUUAUGUCACAUACAGUGUACCGGUGUGCAGCUAUUAAACUCCAUCCCAAUAGUAGUGUCUGAAUGAUGAUAUUCCAAAAUGACAAAUAGUCUUGUGUUAAAAAAAAAAAGACUCUUGAAUCUAUAUUUGGGCCAAAACACAGAGGUGUUUUUCGGCAAAUACUAGCCCAUUUUUGUUGAUAAAUAGGGCAAAUUCUUGUAGUGUGUCAUUGGGCCCUGACCAUUUGCAAAGGCAGUAGGAUGAGACCUGGCAGUUCAGGAAAGGACAGGCAUAGUCCACAAGCCAGUCAUGUAAAUUCUCUCACAGCUACAUCAGUCUAGCACAUAAGCUUAGUACAGCUCAUCUACUUCAUGCAAAACCAUUGCCCAGAAUCAGGACAUGGUUGACUAUGCUUUACAAAUAAAUCACUCCUGAACCUUGCAGGGUUGUGCCUUGUAGCCAGAAAGAGAGCACUCUUCCUCCUGCAAAGACAAGGGUUGGUACUCAAAGAGAAAGUAGAACAUGUGUAAUGGAACACUUUGCCUCAUCCCUAGCAGAAAGCAAGCACAGAAAUGCUUGAGGCACAUGUCAUCUUGCCCUGAGCUCUGAAGAUAGCUCAGGCUGUGGCACCAGCUCCAGAGCUGGGAGGAUCCUGACCGUGUGGUUGUCAAGAUCAUGGAAUCAAUCUGAUUGGAAAAGAACUUUAAAAUUAUCAAGUCCAACCACUUCCCCCAGCACUGCUAAGGCCACCACUAAACCAUGUCACCGAGGGCUUUGUCUAUACAGUGCUUGAACACUUCCAGGGACGGUGAUUCCACCCCAAGAUAAAAACUUCUUUCUUAUAGUCCUCAGAUCUCCUUGGCUUCCACUACUCAUUGGAUUUUAAGCAUCUUCCAAAUUGUGAGGGGUGUUGUAGGACCUGUGUCUUGCCCUGUGCAAGAUAGUGGUCUACUGAGAGCAAUUUUUUAAAGCACUGUUUUUUCUAUGAAGAAAGCGGUGUAAGGGGGGG